UGCGUGCCGUGCGUCAUUCAGCCCAUGCACUUCCUCAAAGCAAGUCCUUCGCAUGCAAAAAAAGCUUCAGAAUUUCUAUAUAUCGCUGUUUACACAGAGUUUCACACGCAAAGAUGGACAAGGGUAGGGAGGCUUUGGUGGUUUGCAGUGAUAAGAGCAUGGGAAUUGGCAUAACAAUUUGGGAUAUGGAGACGGGGGAUCAUCUCCUACACAUACCCACCAGUGCUUCCCCUGCUCACGGGUUACUGUGCUUGAGACAGCAGUUCCUUGUAGCUUCUCAGAUUCACAGACAUGGAUCUAUUGGCGGUGGAGCCAUCUUUCUCUGGGCAUUGAAUAAGCCUCAACCACCCCUUCGGAGUUACCCCGUGGAGGCCAUUGGGCCACUUUCUUGCACAAAUGACGGCAUAUAUCUAGCGGGCGGGGCACUUUCUGGAAAUGCUUAUCUUUGGGAGAUUGCUAGUGGAAGAUUGUUCAAGACUUGGCAUGCUCAUCACAAAUCAGUGAAUUGCUUGCUAUUUUCCAAUGAUGAUUCACUUCUUAUUUCUGGGUCAGAGGAUGGUAUGAUCUGUGUUUGGUCAGUAAUUAGUUUGAUAGACAUGGAAGAUUCCAGAAGCUGGCCUCCUCUGUUACAUUAUUCAUCAGAGCAUGUAUCCUCUAUCACCAGUCUGCUGACAGCAUCAGGCACCUCAAAUUCACUUUUAGUAUCAAGCUCCCUUGAUGGUACAUGCAAGGUUUGGGACUUUGUCACCGGAAGGCUUAUUCAAACUCAAGUUUAUCCUCUAGGAGUAACUGCAAGUGUGCUUCACCCAGAAGAGGAGAUUUUGUUCUGUGGGUGUGUAGACGGAAGAAUUUUUGUCAACAAGCUUGAUAUUGGACUAUUGGAGGACUCUCUCUUUGUUGCAGAAGACCAAGCAGUUGUGUUAAAAGGACACAAUGGAGCCAUAACUGCAUUGACCAUCAGUGGAUUGGGUCUGAUAUCCGCAUCUACAGACUGCACCAUCUGCAUAUGGGAUGUAGUCAACAGGAUGAUCGUUCGGAGAUUCAACCAUAAAAAAGCAGGGGCAGCAACUAAUAUGAUGGUGAUUCCGCAAUCCUCACUGCUUUCUGCAUCAAACCAUUCGGGAGUUUUGAACCAGUUUCAUGUUUCUUUGCUUGACAAGUAUCCUCAGCCAGCCAACUCAUCCAAGGGAACAGCCACUCUCCUUUCCCUGCGUCAUUCCUUUAAAGGAACGCAAACUUCCUUCGAUUCGCGAAGCACUCAUUCAUCAAACCAGCAUAUGUUUGAUUUGGAGAAAGAACAAACACUGGCAGCCAUGCAAAUGAAGGUGGAAACAUGCACAGAGAAUCGGAUGUGGGCCACAAGAACGACAAAGCACGUCAUGGAGAUGAAUAAGCAUUUGCAGUCACGUUUGCUUGACUUGAUGCAGUGCAGAAUAUUAUGGCAAACUGAAAUUGACUCGUCCACAUCCAAAAAAAGAAAGAAGCUGAAGAUUGGAAGUAUACUACAAGGGGCAGAGGAACCACAAUAGUCCUAUAAUCCUGUUGACAGAAGUCAUUUCGAAACAAGCAAACAGCUGGGGGGAACAGGCCUUGAAAGUGAAGAUGGAGGGAUUAAGGCUGCAUGAUGGUCAGAGAUAGAAACAGAAAGGGCAGGAUUGUUAAAGCUUGGCAAUGUGCAGGACAUCAAACAUCUUGUGAAGCCUGAUGAAAUAAUAAGGACUCAAGUAAAAUUGAGUCCUGAGACCUUGGAAAAUCAAGAUCCUUGCUUGAGUAAAUAAAAUCUUCCAUGAGUAUGGUUUAGACCGGAAUUCAGCCUAGAAAAAUAUGGUUGCAUUGCUCAUAGGAUGAGAGAUUAAUGCAGAAAAAUUGUUCUUCAAUACGUAAGAUGAUAACUCGGGGAAUCCAAAUCCACUGUCUCUUGCUUCUGAUAUCUUGAGUUCAACAGCCUGCGGAAGAAAGAUGCUUGCUCAGGUUCAUAUCAGCAAAUAAAUUUAAAAAAAAAAAAAAUAACAAGUUGCUAAUGAUUCCUACCAAUGCUCAAGUUCGGCUCAACUGCAUGCGAUCUUAUUGGAGCUAUCUCAGUGAACUAAGGUGGGAAAAGAGUCCCGUACUUAACUGUUUUGGUGCAUGAACACCAGUCAAACAAAUGGAGAGCAGCACAGCAAGAAGUUGUCGUGUCCUACACACGGUUCAUAAUUUUAGCUAGUUUGCUCCACAAACGGGAAGAGGUACAGACGGAAGCAUGCAGUUUUCAUAAAUCAACAUAGAAGACAAAACUUUAGUAGAAUGGUUUUUGUUGGAUAUAAAAUGGAUUAGGGUCCAGUUCAUUGGAAGCUCAUUGCCUGAGAGGUUAUUGGGAGAUCAUAAGAGACUGUAAAAUAACCAAACAUAAUAAAAAGAUGUACUUACAUAUUUUACCCUCAAA